AUGAUCUCAGGUACCGACCGACCGGGAGACGUGGAGGUUGUUGAAGGGGAAGACGGAACAAGGGAGAGCCGACGAGUACAGGAGAAAUUGUCACCGACGGCGGGAGCAGCUGCUGCCGCAACCUCAUCUAGCAGCACCAAAGUCGAUUUACUGCACCACAAACCCUCCCUAUCCCGCGGUUUGAGCGACGCCGCUUCUUCCUCAAAAUUGUCCGCCCACAGCAAGGACUCAACCGUGCAUCACCACUCACGGGGUUCAAUCGUGCCGCGCAACCGCCCGGUCGGCACGACGGGGGUGAAACGGGUCGGCACUCGAGACCUUCACGGUGAGGGGGAGGAUGCUCCUGGUACCAGUGAGGAGAGCGUCGAAGAAUCCGCGUCGUCAAGUGCCAGAAGCGGGUCCGCGGUGGAAGUGCAAAACGAAAUUUCGUCCUCUUCGAAAGGAAGCAGAAGCGGAAGUGCUGGUAAGACGACCUCGUCCGAAGAAGAAAGUAGGUCCAGGGGUUCGCAAAGUUUGCAAGACCAACGGGCCAACACGCAGGAGCACUUGGAGCUGCAGGAAGAGCUGCUGGGCCUGUCGACAACACACUCCACGAUCCAGCUGCCGCCUGCGGAUUUGUGA